AUCGCAGCGGCGGGACGGGAUGAGUAGUUCUGAAAGGCACCUGGCGGAAGCCUCUGAAUGUUCUGUUUGCUGGGAGUUGUAGUCUUGCGAAGCUAGAGAAGGUUGAUUGAUGCGGGUGGAAUCAACAUAGGAACUGGCAAAACUCGGGAGUGCUUGGACCAGGAGGAAUGGAUAAAUUAAAGCGAGUUCUCAGUGGGCAGGACGCGGAGGACCCUGGACCUUUGGCAGAAAUAGCUGAUGCAACUUCCUUAAGCUGGAGUACCAGAUUGAAGGCCUUCAUAGCUUGUUUUAUAAUAGGAGUUGUGUGUUCUGUUAUGGGUUCAUUUCUGCUAUGGGUUCCCAAGAAAGGACCUAUCUUGUUUGGAGUAUUUUACACCCUGGGGAAUAUCUCCUCCCUUGGAAGUACCGUCUUUCUUAUGGGACCAAUGAAACAAUUAAAAAGAAUGUUUGAACCCACUCGUUUGAUAGCUACAAUUCUUAUGCUUUUAUGCCUCAUAUUAACUCUAUGUGCAGCUUUCUGGUGGCAUAAUAAGGGGCUUACUAUCCUCUUUUGCAUUUUACAAUUCUUUGCCUUGGCAUGGUACAGCAUUUCCUACAUACCAUUCGCAAGGGAUGCUGUGAAAAAAUGUUUUGCUGCAUGCCUCACAUAACAGGUUAAGGUGGCUAUCUUCUUACACUGAGGACUACAACACCUGCACAACCAAAUGAUUCUUGAAACAGCACACACCUGCCUAAGAACAAAGCAUUAACGUGUUAACACGUUAAUCAGAAGACAAAGAUACCAUAUAUUCUUUUGAAGAUAACACAUUUUAUGAAAAUUUCAAGAUAAAUUGUGUCUCGUCUUCACUUGCAAAUUAAUACUUAAUGUGUGCCACAAACAACUUUUCUUCAGAUGAUUUUAUUUUGGAAAUAAAAUGGAUAUUCUAGUAAUUGUGAAAGGGAUGGGUGACAUUUUAUUACUUUUUAUCAAGAGGUUUCUAUCAAAAAGUCCUUAGGACAGAUUACAUUUUGGAAAACAUUAGCUAAGCAUGUAGUGAAUUUUUCUCCAUAACAUUCUUUUAGUUACUUGCUAUCAAAAUACCAUUUCUAAAUGUCUCUUUUAGUUCUAAAAAUCUGAUUGCAAAUUGUAUUAGAGAAGUUCCUGGAAUUUGUUGUCUAAUAGGACAGCAAGUACAAUUCCUUUCUUUAAAGUACAUGAAUUAGUGUCUGAUAAGCAAGAUAAUCUGGGAGAAAAGUGGGAGUUAUAAAAAUAGAUAAAUUGAUUUCUCCAAACAUUUAUGUUUAUGGACUUUUGCACAUGUGGCCUUGAAAUGAAAUAAAAUCUAGACUUCUGCCUUUAUUGCUAACUUAUAUUCUGAAAAAUUUCAUCUCUUCUUGAUGCCAUUGCAGUGCCUCUCUCAUUUGUAUUUUCAUGUUGAACAGAUAUGACUUGUAUAACUCAAAAGUGUACCAUAUUCUAAUUGGGGAGACAAACAUCUCAGAUUUUGAGUGCCUUCUUUUCUCAUCCUAUCUCCCCCCCCCCCCAAUAUCUUAUGUUUGGUUGUAUGAUCACUCUGUAUAAUCAUAUUAUGUUUCAUGCUUUGAUUUCCCAAUAGGAUAGUAUCCUGGGAUUAUUUAAACUGCCAGAUGCUGGCAUAUUGACCAUUUUUGCUGCAUUCCUUUUUUUCUCCUUUUUGCAUUGGCGUAUUCCUUGGUUAUUUCCCAUAAGAAGUAAAAAUAGUAUGUGUACAUGUUAAGAAUUAUUUGAUAGUUUUUGCAGUUGGUUAUCUUGAUACUAUGCUAUACUUAUUUUUAAAAAAAUCCAAUAAUUUUGCCUUUGGUGGAAUUUAUGAACUGUAAUCAUUCAUUGCCCAAAGAAAAACAAUUUACUAUCUAUGUUCAUUAUACUUCCUGUUCUGCUCUCUUUUGUCUUUUGAAAGAGACUAAUACAGGAUAUCAGAACACAGAAAUUUCCAAGUGAGAAGUAGCCACAUUAAUUCUGUUUUUGUACACAAUGGAAUCAAUGUUUGUAUCAGUCUAACUAGUUUAGUAUAGCUCUAUAAUUGUGUUGUGCUGCUUACCAAGCAAGCAUAUUUGUAGAUUUGUAAGCUUGAUAUUUGUGAAAUAAUUCACUUUUAUUAUAACUUUUAUUAUGAAUGAAGCACAAAAUUUUAUACACUGAUUGUAAAUGAAUACAGGUCAGGCAAUUCUAAGUAAUGUAUUAAAAUUA